GCGAGGGAGAGAGGAGAACUCUCUACGUAUAUAAUCUUGAGUACAGAGCACACAUUUCACCACUCAGUUCUAGUUGGACUUCGGACGUGUGAAUUGUGUCAAGCCUUCCGACGAGGGAAAGUUUUUGUUUGUUUGGUGCGCUCGUUGUAUGGAGCGAGAGAAGAGUAUAAAACACGGAGAGAGCCCUGUGGAGCCAAUAAGCAGCUGCAGGGAUGAGCAUGGCUUUGUGCCAACAGUGGGCCGUUGGGGAAGUGAAUGGCCAAGUUGACUCGAGACGGCAGAAAUAUGGUGCCAGCCACAGGGGCAGGCACGCGGGCCCUGGAUCAGGGGUGUGCCGCUACCCCUGCCGGUAUGGGCCCAUUACGAGGCACCAGCCUUGACCGUUCCAACGGUCGAACAAUAUGAGGAACUAGCAAGCAGCGUUGAACUAGAAACGCAACAUUUACUGCAUUCUAUAAGGAUUACAUUGCGAGCGGUGAAACCAUACUGGAGAGAUUUUAUCACAAGUAUCAACCACUCAUAACGCGCGAACAUCACACCUGUGUGGGCUUGGGAUUCGAAUUGCUGUACCGUUUGAGAUGUUUGAACAAAAGAUUUCCUGGAAUAGCAAGCGGCCUCUAUCUAGUGUCCUGUGAAGAGACGAUCGAUAACGUCGCUAGUUACGUUGGCGGACCACCCGCUGCAGAUAGUGGAGAGAAGGAACAUGUACUGGUGUGCCUGAAGAUCGAAAUUGGCGGACGGAAAGGAGUUAUGCUCCUGGAUCCUGGAUAUCACGUAGCUCGCGUGAUCACUGUGAUGGAAGAUAAGUUAUACCCACAUACAGGCUGGUUCAUUCAAUCGGACGAGCCAGAUUGCAAGAAAGAGUACAAUUACUUCCUAUGUGCUAACGAUCCUGAUUAUAUUGAAUGGCACGAGAGGAAAACCCGUUCCGGUACCUUGGAGAGAACACAAGUUGCUCUUAUAUACGUGGCAAGGCCUUACUUAACUGCCAUCGAUGUUACCGAACGCAGAAAUUUGGUUUAUAACUUUAGAAGCCUUCUCGCGAGAGACACCAAGGGUCAUGUUACAGCCGGCAUAUAUUUCCCCGUUGUGCUGGAUAUGAAUAAUGCACAAACUUUUUCAAUUUUUUACCAAACGAACAAUGGCAAAAAGAGAAUCAAAAUGGCAUUCAACAAGUUCUGUAAUUCACCGAAGAUAAAUCCUGAUGCUGAAGAGAAAGAAAUUAUCGCCGAAUGUGCCCGGCAAUUAGGUCUCUCGCAAGAUACUCUAGAGGAUCUACUAUGUGCUCUUGCUACAGUUAUAUGCGACUCAGCCUUCGUGGCUCAACUCCUGGCUAUUAAUUCGAGAAUCAACACUUUAGCAGAAGACAAUUAACAGAAGUCAAUCUGCCCUGUGCGGUGCAGACAAUAUAUAGUGUAUCAUUUUUUUUGCCAGCUAUCCUCUUAUGUUCUUUUUAUUUUGUUGAUGAUUAUUUUAAUAACUUUACUAUGUUCUGCAGAUAAUAAUUUUAUCCUUGUUAUAAAAUAGGGUAUAAUAUUUUCUAUUGACUGUUCAAGAAAUUUACGUAUUUUAUGCGUUGUUGUUGACAGUUCAAUGAAAAUAUUAAUGUAUAUAUUAAUCACUUUUUUAAUAUCAUUUUCAAAAUUCUGUUCAUCUAUCUAUUCUUAUCGUCGAUAAAUAUUUAAUCUUAGAUCAUUUUAAAGUCUUAAAAAGUUUGAACGUUUUUGUCGAAAUACUGUUGAGUUUAAGAAAUUAGUCUCUUGCUUGCGUUCUAUACAAAAAAACUCAUAAAAAAUGGUGGUAUUAGGGUUGACUUAUAUUCAAUUUUGUCUUUAGUAUAAAGGUGAAUUAAGUUAUACUAAAUCUAUAAGUUUUAUUUGAAUAAACAGUGACAAAAGUUAUUACAUUAAA